AUGUCCGAAAUUAACGAACAACGUGUGUGCAUCAAGUUUCGCUUGAAACUUGGUAAAAAUGCAACUGAAACGUACACAAUGAUUAAAACUGCUUUUUGGGACGAUUCUUUAAGUCGCUCCGUUAUUUUCGAGUGGUUUAAACGUUUCAAGGAUGGUCGACAGUCAACUGAAGAUGAUCCACGUUCUGGAAGACCGUCGACAUCCAGAAACGAUGAUGUUGUGGCGAACAUUUACGAAAAAGUGCGAAAUGACCGCAGAUUAACUGUUCGUGAGUUAGCAAAUGAGGCAGGAAUCUCAAUUGGAUCUUGUCAUGAAAUUUUAACAGAAAAUUUACAAAUGAGAAGGGUAGCUGCUAAAUUCGUUCCGCGGGGAUGA